AUUGAUAAUAUCUGCACUGUAGUGUUUUCGGACGCUACUAGCUCUUACUGCCAAUAUAGGACUAUUACAUAUAUGAGUAUUGGAUCCGAUUUUUGAGUACCAACAAUUCAGCACAUCUCUAGUUUCAUCCCUAAUAAUGGUUAAGGUGUGGUAUAUGGAUAACGAACAAAACGACCAGCGUUUGGAACAUCAUAGGAAUCCUCCACAAUACUUGUCGGUAGAAAAACUACAUGAAUUAACUGGGGUUGAAUACUUUAACAUAAAUGCGGAAAGAUAUGAAGACGAUGAAUUACUUGCUACUAUUCGUAAGAACCGGAAUUACACAUUCGAAGAUGAGAUAACAUGUUCUAAGUCGUGUUUGCCUGACUUUGAAAGCAAAUUGAGAAUAUUUUAUACCGAACAUUUGCAUACGGACGAAGAAAUUCGCUUGGUACUGGAUGGUUCUGGAUAUUUCGAUGUGAGAGAUGCUAGAGAUGAUUGGAUACGCAUAGCAGUUCAAAAAGGUGACUUAAUAAUCAUACCAGCUGGCAUAUAUCAUCGGUUCACUUUGGAUGUGCAAAACUACAUUAAAGCCAAAAGAUAUUUUGUAGGAGAGCCUAUUUGGCAACCUUAUAACCGGCCGGCUGAUGAUAUGGACUGCCGCAAGAAAUAUUUGCACAAUCAGGCUCAAUAAUUUUUACUAUUAAUGGAUAGAUAAUUAAUCAAAAGUACCUAUAUCGGGCGAUACUUCGAUAUCUGUUUUUUAAUUUUAAAUAAUAAUAAUAAUUAAAACAUAA